AUGGCUGACAGUGGACCCCUGGCAGCGAAAAGAUGCGACUCUGGCUCAGUGUCCUCCGUGAGCAUGGAGACUAUAUCGGCCCUGACAGAGCUGGAGGAUCUGGAGAAAGUUUAUCAGCAGCUCUGCACACAGGAGAAAGAAGUGGAGGCUGAGCUGGACAGACUGGUUGGACAGGAGGGCGCCAUUCACACAAAGAUGCUGGCACUACAGAGGAUGGGGCCCAACCUACAGUUGAUCGGGGGAGAUGCCAGUCAGCUGUCAGGCAUGAUCACUUUCACAUGUAGCCUGGCCGAAAACGUUAGCCGCAAAGUCAGACAGUUGGACCUUGCAAAGACACGGUUGUAUAAUGUCAUCCAGCGUGCCGACGAUAUCCUCGAUCUGAAGUUCUGCACGGACGGUGUCCAGACAGCUCUGCGUAACGAAGAUUAUGAACAGGCUGCUGCCCACAUCCAUCGAUACCUCUCUCUGGACCAGUCGGUUAUUGAGCUGAGCAGGCAGGGAGAAGAAAGUAGUGCUGUGGACGCCAGUCUGGUAAUGCUUCAGGAGGCAGAGCAGAAACUGAAGGUCAUUGUUGCUGAGAAGCUGGAUGAAGCUGUAGCAGCAGUCGACCUCGCACAAGUGGAAAGGUUUUUCAAGAUCUUUCCUCUGUUGGGCCUCCACCAGCAGGGCCUUGCACGCUUUGGACAAUAUCUCUGCAGUCAGCUUGCCUCCAAAGCUGAGGAGAACUUGGUCCUUGCUACGGGAGGAGACCUGGGCGAGAAGAGAGCUCCGCUGGUGUUUGCAGACACUCUGACGCUGCUGCUGGAAGGUAUUGCUCUUGUCAUUGAGACUCAUCUGGUGAUUGUAGAGACGUAUUACGGUCCGGGCCAUCUGUACACACUCAUCACUCACCUGCAGCAGGAGUGUGACCAGCAGGCCCAGAAAAUAGUCGACAAGUUCAUCCAGCAGAGAGGAUACCACAACAAGUUUCAGGUUGUUCAGAGCAGCAUGAUGAAGAGCGUGCCAGGGGAGCGGAUCGAGCCCAGGGAGUUGGACCCUGUACUGACAGAAGUAACCCUGAUGAACGCACGGUCUGAGCUCUACCUGCGCUUUUUACGUCGUCGCAUGUUGGCCGACUUUGAAGUUGGGGAUGCUCAGAGCGUCACACAAGAGCAUCAACAGAAUGUGGAGAAGCUCCUGAAACACUGCAUGCUGAGCAGGACGAUGCAGGAGCUCAUUGGUUACUAUAUUCCAAUGGAAGAGUACUACAUGAGAGAGUCUGUCAACAAGGCUGUCACUAUGGAUACAUAUGAAAAGGGUCAGCUGACCUCCAGCAUGGUGGACGACUGUUUCUACAUUGUUAAAAAGUGCAUCAGUAGAGCUUUAUCCAGCUCCAGCAUCGACUGCCUCUGUGCCAUGAUCAACCACGCCAACUCUGUGCUGGAGUCUGACUUCAGGGAGGUGCUGUAUAAUAAACUGCGGCAGGGCUUCCCAGCUACGACUCUGCAGGACAUCCAGCGUGGCGUCAGCAGCGCGGUCAGUCUGAUGCAGAGCAGCUUACAGCAGGGCAAGUUCAACACACUGGGUAUCGAGAGCACUGAGAACGCCAAGGCUGCUUUUCUGGUGACUCUGAAUAACGUGGAGGUGUGCAGUGAGAAUAUCACGACUCUCAAGAGGAACCUUGAGAACGACUGCGCCAAGUUGUUCAGUCAAGGCGCCGGCUCUGGUGAGCAGGCCAAGAUUGAAAGCUGUUUGUCUGACCUCGUCAACACGUCCACAAAGUUCAAGGAUCUCUUGCAGGAGGGACUGACUGAGCUGAACACAACAGCCAUAAAGCCCCAAGUCAAACCCUGGAUUAGCAGCUUCCUGUCCAUCUCACACAACAUAGAGGAGGAGGAGUUUAAUGAUUACGAAGCUAAUGAUCCCUGGGUGCAGCAGCUCAUCAUUAACUUGGAGCAGCUCAUGGCAGAGUUCAAGACGGCCCUCUCUCCUGUCAUCUAUGACACACUGACCAGCCUGAUGACCAGCCUGAUAUCGAUUGAAAUGGAGAAGACUGUCCUCAAAUGCUCAUUCAGCAGGCUCGGAGGGCUGCAGUUUGAUAAAGAGCUCCGGUCUCUGGUGGCGUACCUCACUACCGUGACCACCUGGACCAUCAGGGAUAAGUUUGCUCGCCUCACACAAAUGGCCACCAUCCUUAACCUGGAGCGGGUAACCGAGAUCUUGGAUUACUGGGGCCCAAAUUCGGGGCCCCUGACAUGGCGGCUGACCCCGGCGGAGGUGCGUCAGGUUCUGGCACUGCGUAUCGACUUCAGAAGUGAAGACAUCAAGAGGCUGCGGCUGUAACUCAGGAACCAGCACGCUGUUUAUCAGCGACUGCCGAGCAUACUCACCUUGUGAUGCUUUUCACUAAAGAGCUCAAUCCAGGUUUAAUCCACGUCUCUGUAAAUGGACGUGGGCAGGAUGCAGGCAAAGGGCCGGGGAUUUCCUUUUGACUGGAACAAAAGUGCACAUUGCUCAUAGUGGGUUUCCAGACUCAACGCCUGGCUGAUGUCAGACUGCAUCAGAGUUCAAGCUCAGCUUUUAGGGACUUGGACACAGUGAACUGUUUGAUAUGAAUGAUCUGAGAAUAUUCUGUAUAAUGUAUAAUUAAAAAGUGUAAAUGUGUUA